UAAAAAUGACAUUGACAGUUGACUAGUAGUACUUGACACGGGUAAAUAUUAGGUGUGAUAAUGUUUACUUUCGCAAUUGUUGUAGUCAAUUAAGAAUAAUUGUGUAAAGAAAGGCAUAGAAGAAUAACGAUACCUGAUAUGGGUCAAGGCAAAAGCCAGUUUACAGAAGAAGAACUGCAAGACUAUGAAGAUCUCACAUACUUCACGAAAAAGGAGGUGCUUUAUGCCCAUCAGAAAUUCAAGGCCCUGGCUCCAGAGAAAGUAGGUCACAACAAAAACGCCAAGCUGCCAAUGGCUAAAAUCUUACAGUACCCAGAGUUAAGGGUCAAUCCGUUCAGAGACAGAAUUUGCAAAGUUUUUAGCUCAAGUAACGAUGGAGAUUGUACAUUUGAAGAUUUUCUCGACAUGAUGUCAGUGUUCAGUGACAAUGCACCUAAAGCUGUCAAGGCUGAACAUGCAUUUAGGAUUUUUGAUUUUGACGGUGAUGAUAUGAUUGGUGUAUCUGACCUCAGAGAAGUGAUAGAGCGCCUGUGUGGUCCUGAAAUGAAGCUUAAUGACUCAGAAAUCCAGCAGUUAGUCCAGAAUGUUCUAGAAGAGGCAGAUCUUGACGACGACGGUGCUUUGUCAUUUGCUGAGUUUGAACAUAUCAUUGAUAAAAGCUCAGAUUUUUGUCACUCAUUCAGAAUAAGGCUGUGAAGAAAUACUCAAUUUUGAUAAUUACUAUACUUAGUAAAAAGUAAAUAAUCAACAAUGUAUCUCAAAUUUUAUCGAAAUAGUGUAAUUUUAUCAAUUUCUAUUAGAGUUUAAAUAAAAUUGAUGUUCUCAUGUCAGCAGUCUUCCUUAGUUAAGUUAUUCAAUUUAGAAAAUUAUAUAAAAGUUUAUUAUUUUCAAUGUUUGUUUUGUGAUGUAUUUUAAAUUUAUUGACCUGUACUUGAUCAAAUUUGCCAAAUAUUUAAUAAGACUUUAUUUAUUUAUUGUUUAAUAAAUCAAUAAAAAUUUAAAAUAUAA